GGUCGAUGAUUUUUUCCUGAUCGACCCGCCGGCCCUGCGCGCCCGCGCCACGCCAACGCUGGACCACGAUUUGAUCAAGCGCGCUCUUGGCGCAGGCCUCCCCGCGGCGGGCGGCAGCCCCGUGCGCGCCGCGCUCCGUGGGGGCCGCGCCGCCCCGGCGCCCGCGGCGCCCUCGGGGCCCCCGGGGGCCGACGGCGCGGCGAGGGCCCCGCCUGCUGCGGCGCCCGGGUGCGACGAGGCGCAGUUCCUCGAGUUCCUCCCCGCGCGCGCGCUGCAGGAGGUGCAGAGCACGGCGCAGCCGCGCGGCGAGGAGGGGCACGCAGAGGGCGAGGUGGACCCGACCCCCGACUGCUUCGAGCUGCCCUCGCAGUUCGUCCGGGCCGCGCUCGCGGCCAUGUCGACGCAGUGGCAGGCCU